ACUUCCCACACAUUGUGGGAAACAUGGAUUCAUUGAUGUAUAUCCAUGCAGAUGGCAGUGCUUUUAAUGAGCUCCCAUCUUCCAUUGGAAAUCUUCCAAGGCUUCACUGUUUAACUUUAAGAUCCUGCAAAAGUCUUAGGAAGCUUCCAAACAGCUUAUUGACAUUGGAUAAUCUUGUAGCGCUUCUAUUAGGAGGUCUGAAACUUCAUGGGAGAAAAUCUUUGACGAAAUUAUUUCAAGAGAACCAACCACCAAUUAUGAGCUGCUCGAAGUUAGAUCGCUUGGAUCUCCAUGAUUGUGGUUUGUUGGAUGAAGAUCUUCACCAAACUCUGAAAUGUUUUAAGCAUGUGAGAGACUUGAAUCUAUCAUGGAAUGAUUUCCCGUCACUUCCUGAAUGUAUUAAGGAGUGUGUUCACAUGGUGAAGCUAGAAGUGAAUGACUGCAAGAGACUCAGAGAUAUUCCAGAGCUUCCAUCAAGCUUAGGGAACAUAAUGGCGGACAAUUGCACAUCAUUAACUAUGGAGUCUUCUGGCCGUUUAUGGUCUCAGGCCAUAAAGUCAUAUCGCGUGGCCGUCUGGAUGCCAGCAACAACAUAUCCUGAGUGGUUCGACCAUUGCUGUCAAGGAGGGACGUUGUCUUUUCGUGUUCAUGGCAGAAAUUUCCCUCGUGUAGUCAUCGCAUUUGAGAUAGGGAAGACUAACAGAAAUAAGAGAUACAGAUUUCAUGUGUUUAUGAGCAUCAAUGGCAGUACCAAAAUGCCGUGGACGCAAAGUGAUUUUCCAAUUGAAGCUGAAGGGGGUUGUGUUUUGGGUUAUUCUGUUGAACAAGGUCAUAUGUUUUUCUCUGAUCUACUCGGCGAAUUUACAGAAGAAGAGAUAGAGGGGCUUAAUAAGUCUCUGGAAUUGGAUUGGAAUGAUGUGGAAAUUCAAGUUACAUGUGACUCAAAUGAUACAGACAUAGAGAGGUUUAAUAAGUCUCAGGAAUUGGAUUGGAAUGAUGUGGAAAUUCAAGAUACAUGUGACUCAGAUGAUAUAGACAUAGUUAACUGUGGGGUUUAUGUCGACAAGAAGCUAGCAAACAUGAAGAAUGUCCAGUUCAAGUCUUCUAGAACUUCACUGAAACGAAGAGCGAUAGUUUCUCUUCCUUCUGAACCACCCAAGAUGCUCCUGAGAAAGUUCAAGACUACUUGUAAAAGAAAUGUCAACAACACAAAGAAAAGGACAAGGAGAACUAAACCACGACAUUUUCAUUCGUGGUACAGGAGGAGAAAGAUGUUUUUUUUCCAAUGGGUAAGAAUCUUUUGAGGCUUUUGUAUCAUUGUUAGGUAUCAAAUAUUCCAAUUGCGCGCCAGCUUACCGUGAGUCAAUUAAUUUCAAUGUCAAUUACAAAUGCAUUACAUAGUGAAAUGGUUAUAUAUGUGACUAUGCAUCCACUUCAAAGAAAUUAGACUAGAAACGUUAGGGACUUUAAA